AUGCCUUCCACUGCCGGCUUUAUACUCAGCGGCUUGCUUGGUGCUGCCACUAGAAGAGUCCAAGUCCAGCUUAUCGGUAAAAACUACCCUCGUUCCUUAGACAGAGUCACAGGCUACGUUUUGUCCUCUGCUUUGUUCGUGGGAGGCUACUAUAUCUUCGAUGGUUACGUCGACAACAACAGAAAGCUCUUGCAAAGAAGAUUGGCUGUGUUGCGUGAACAAAGAGCCGUCAAGGAUGCUUUCUUCGAGUUCGAAGAAGAGCCUGACCACAGAAUCACCGCAGACAAGAGAGGCAGAUUCUUCUCCUUGUUCGACAAGUAUGGUGCUUCGUAUAAAUAA